AGAUCGUCCUCUGUAUCUUCAUGUCCAGGGUCAGACACGAGAAUUGGUUGACAGAGCUGUUAACCGAAUUAAAGAGAUAAUUACUAACGGAGUAGUGAAGGCAGCCACAGGUUCUAGUCCAACUUUCAACGGAGCUACGGUUACUGUCUAUCACCAGCCAGCCCCUAUUACUCAGUUGUCUCCAGCAGUUGGCCAAAAACCUCCAUUCCAGUCAGGGAUGCAUUAUGUUCAGGACAAGUUAUUUGUUGGUCUGGAACAUGCUGUACCUACAUUUAAUGUGAAGGAGAAGGUAGAAGGGCCUGGCUGCUCCUACUUGCAGCAUAUUCAAAUUGAAACGGGUGCCAAAGUCUUUCUUCGUGGGAAAGGCUCAGGUUGCAUAGAACCGGCAUCGGGCAGAGAAGCUUUUGAACCCAUGUACAUCUACAUCAGUCACCCAAAGCCAGAAGGUUUGGCAGCUGCUAAAAAGCUGUGUGAGAAUCUAUUGCAAACCGUUCAUGCUGAAUACUCCCGAUUUGUGAAUCAGAUAACCACUGCAGUACCCUUGGCAGGCUUCACACAGCCUGCCGCUAUAAAUAGUGUACCUUCCCAGCCAUCGUAUUAUCCUUCCAAUGGGUAUCAGUCUGGUUAUCCUGUUGUUCCCCCUCCUCAACAACCAGUUCAGCCACCAUAUGGUGUACCAGGCAUAGUACCACCUGCAGUGCCAUUGGCACCUGGAGUCCUAACAACACUACCUACAGGAGUUCCGCCUGUGCCAACACAGUAUCCAAUAUCUCAAGUACAGCCUCCAGCCAGCACUGGCCAGAGUCCACUGAGCAGUCCUUUUCUUCCUGCUGCCCCAGUAAAAACAACCAUGCCGACUGGUACACAGCCACAAGUCCAACCCCAUCCCCAAGGUCAGAAGAGACGCUUCACUGAAGAACUACCGGAUGAGAGAGAGUCAGGACUGCUGGGAUAUCAGCAUGGACCCAUUCAUAUGACUAAUUUAGGUACAGGCUUCUCCAGUCAGAGUGAAAUCGAUGGAGCCGGAUCGAAGCCAGCAAGUUCCUCAGGAAAGGAGAGAGAGAGGGACAGGCAGUUGAUGCCUCCGCCAGCUUUUCCUGUCACUGGGAUGAAAUCAGAAUCUGAAGAAAGAAAUGGUGCAGGGUCUUUACCAGGCAACCAUGAUCAUCAAGCUAAGAAGAUGAAAACUGCAGAAAAGGGUUUCGGAUUAGUGGCAUAUGCUGGAGAUUCCUCAGAUGAAGAGGAGGAACAUGGUGGCCAUAAAAACGCAAGUACUUUUUCACAGGGAUGGAGUUUGGGAUACCAGUACCCUUCCUCACAACAGCGAGCUAAACAACAGAUGCCAUUUUGGAUGGCACCAUAAAAGCUGCAGAA